UCCAUUGACUAAACAAAAAAUGUGGCUAAAAUGUUUACAAUACAAACAUAGCUAUCUUAGCUAGACACUGACUGAGUGACUAGUGGUGGUGAAAAGGGGUAAUCACCCAUGGAGGUAGUUAAUCCACCAAAAGUCCAUGUAAAGUUGAUGUUAUCAUCUCUACCUGCAUGACUUGAAUCGGUGAAAGGUAAAAUUUGACGGCACCAAGAUGUCAGCAGUGGUCUCACUCAAUCACAUGGCGUCAGCCGUCGUUGUGCGCACUCUACUCGACCACAGUGACCGCCACUCCCCUGACUGCAAGAUCAAGGCCCAAUCACUUAUCUCCAAAUUGACCACGAAUCUCUACACAGCUGUCACUAAGGACCUUCUCAAUCUCUUUGUGGAGAGCUAUCCCAGACAGUUUCCUGCCUACCUGCUGCCUGUGCUAGCUCCGCCCCAUUUGAGGUCGUUGAACCUCAAGCAGAGCUGUGUCUUGGAGGAGGACGCCGGAACGGAAUACAAGUUUCUCAAGGAGACGCUUAAGAAGUGCAGUAAGCUUCAGUAUCUAGAACUCGACGGCUGUAACCUGGGGAUCCCCAUGAUGCUUUGUGAUGUCAUUACCCAACAUGCACCACAACUCACUUCACUGUCCUUUGAGGGUUGCCGUGAUGUAUCAAAUAAAUUUGUCCAGAAAUUGCUUAAAGGUCUCCAGCACCUCACCCAUCUGAAUCUAUCGGUCUGUUCGGAGGUUACAGAUAACGUCUUUGCACUGUCCGAAACCCAAGGCCUUCUUGAAGACAGAACAGGACGGCAAGACCAAGUCACUGGUGGAUAUAACUUGAGUAGUGUGGAUCUAUCAGGCAAUCAGCAGCUUACAAGUACUUGCAUUCGUCACUUGACCGAGCUGUGCGGUCCAAGACUACGAUGCCUCAAUGUGUCGGCCACACAGAUGGAUUGCACCAUUCUGUGGUUUCUGUCUGGCUACAGCCUGUCGACGGCCGUACAGCUCGCCGCCGAAGCCAACAAGUCCAUCCUGGAUCCCGGCUCAGUAGACGGUAUCACGCUGGCUCAGCUCAUCACGGAGUUCAGAGUACUACAAGAAAGACUGAAGAACAUUCAGGAUGAAGAAGGCCACACGGUGGAUGACCGGGGAGGAGAAAACGAAGCGGCAGAGGGGGAGGAGAGGGAGAUGGACAAAGAUGGGGGAGACGAUUCUGGAGAGGAUUUGGGAAGAAUCAUGGAAGAGCAAAAGCAGAACGUUGACCCUGAGGUGGCCUCGGUAUUGGAAGAUGGUCACCCUUGUAGCGAUGCAUUACAGGAUGAUCCAGGGAACCAUGGAGUAUUAACACUGUUGCAGGACGGUACUUUCGUCCAAGAUAUAGAACAUUUAGAGAUACUGGAGUUUCAGGAUGCAACCAAAGUACAGAAUGCUGCCGGGAUUGUAGGAGAAGUUAUGACUGAGGGUUGUAGAUUAGAUGUUAGAACCGAAGAUGUUUCUUCAGAUGCUGGAGAUGAAUUUAGUGAUGUCUUGAGUGGUUAUGUUAAUGAUGUUAUCAAUGACUGUAGGAUGGCUUUAAUGCAUGAGAAGAAUUUUCAAAAAGGCUCAACUGGAGCGCAAGAACCGACUGGUGAUGAUAUUGUCCGAUUCACAAACCAUGAGAGAAUGGAUGAUGUUCAUAGCAUCUGUACUUGUUCCGCCCACGAUUGCAAGAAGGGUAAGGAAGGCUUCGGACUGAGCUGGGCCAAGCCCAGGGAACGUUGUCUGCAGUGCAAUAUGGUUCAGGGGUCUAGGAGGACUAGCAACCAACCUGAAGAUAAUCGUCUUGAGGAGGUAAAGAGUACCUUAUGGAGACCAAACAGGAAGGGUUCGCCAAAACCUCAAGAAUUCCAGUCGGACAGUGAAAUUAAAUCUGCAGGUUUGGAAUGUGCACCAGAAGUGUCAAGCUCUUUAACUGAAGGAGAUAUGAAAGAGGAACUUACAUGUAGUAGGCAUUCCUCGUCUGAGGUAGAGGCAAAUGAUACUAAUGCUGGUGAAUGCAAAUCAUGUCCAACCGAUUCGACCAAUGACAAUGCCUGUAUUAAAACAUCAACCAAUGACAAUGCCUGUAUUAAAUCAUCAACCAGUGAAACCUUGGAUGAUCUUUCGUCGACCAAUGAAAUGCCGGAUGAUCACUCGUCGACCAAUGAAACGCCACAUAAUCACGCAUCGACCACAUGGAGGCGGCUGUACAAACCCUGUAUGACGUCUCUGGAUAUCGGCACCAUCGACUUUGACGCUACUCUGGUGGAGACUUGUCUGAAGGAGUUUUUCGUAGCCAAUAAGGAGUUGAAGAAGUUGACAGUGUCUUGGAAAGAGCUGACGGAUCCGAUGCUCGGCAUCUUGGCUGGGGGAGCGUCCAAAUUGCAAUCUCUGUGCCUGUAUGACUGCAGCAGUUUAACAAGCUUGGGUGUGGCCAAUCUGAUGUAUGAGUGUACGAACCUAAAACAGCUUGACCUUCAAGGUGUCUGUUACAUCAAAGAUUUGGCUUUAACUCCAGUGUUCUUCAAGGAUAACUCAUGCCAACUAGAGAGCAUCAAACUAUCAGAGACAAACAUAAGCGACUCUACGCUGUCUCGUAUUGCCAAUCAUCUCGGAAGACAGAUCACCACGUUAGAGGUUUCAUGGUGCGAGGAGAUCGGUGACAAAGGACUUGCGGAGAUCGCCAAGCACUGCGCCAGUCUGGAGACACUGACGCUACGACAGUGCCCAACAACACCAUCUACCCUAAUGUCUCUAGCCUGGAACUGCCAGGGGUUAAGUACACUGAACAUGUCUGGAGUGGAGUCGUUGACCGACGGGGUGGUGCAGGCUAUGAUGCCCAGUUUAAGACUGAUGAAGAAGCUGGAUAUGAGCUGGAACUCAGAAUUGACAGACGUGGCCGUAUCCUGCGUGAUGUCAUGCUGCCCUCUCAUGGUGGAGCUGUUCUUGAUGGGCCUGAAGCGCAUCACAGAAAAACCAUUCAUGCCAUUGAUAUCAGAGUUAUCAAGGUGGCAGCGCUGCAAGAAACUUAUCAAACUAAAGAUGAAAGAGAGAUUGCUCCUCAACAUGCUCGGAGACGAACAUUUCUCAAGUGAUGAGGAAUAUGAAGAUCUGGUAGCCCCAAAGCGAUCAACGAGCUACACCCCUUGCCUCCGAGUCCUUGAGCUUCAGUACUGUGAUCGUGUUAACGACGAUCUCCUCGCUGAAUUAGUGGCAAUCUGCAUGGGGACACUCUCCGUCGUCGACUACUACGGAAUGCAGAUUAAACCAAAGCUACUGCGCCACUGACACUAAUGUGGUUGCUUUUGUAUCAAAUGUUGG